AUGACUGAAAAUAUUAUUAAAAAAACGCCCUCCCUCAAACGAGCCCUUCAACUUUUUCCAGUAGAAAUCUGGAACGAAAUAAUUUCUAAUACGGAUAUUUACACUCUUUUCGCUCUUCGUCAAACUUGCUCUACACUUCAUCGCAUCACGAAGACACCUCUUCUUGAACAACUAAUUCAAACAGGUCCACUCUACGAUGUUUAUCUCGCCGCUGAUCUUGUAUCGGUAUUGCCAGAAGUUAUUUAUCGAAUGCCAAAAUAUAUUGAUACGGUGAUUAAGCAGCAACUCGGUGAAGAACCAUUGAAGUGGACGGAUAAUGUUUAUGAAUGGGAAAAUUAUGAUGAGAAAGUGGAAAAUUAUUUGAUGAUUGAAGAUUUUCGUCGUGAAGUUGGUAGGAAAGGUAAAGCGAAAAGUCGGAUUCAUCUUGAUUGGACAAAGAGGUUUAAUGAAGAGAAACGGAUAUUGAGAAGAGAACUUGCGAAGUGCUAUUGCGUUGCUGGAAAAUUUUUCCCGUUUAGUCGCGAUGAAAAUCGUGAAUGGAAAAAGCGACGUUCUGAACAAGGAAAAUCAAAUGAUCUCUGGAACGAAAAUGAAAAAAGUAAUGUCAGUAAAUCUUCGUCGAAAUUAAGAUCAUCAAAAAAACAAUCUAAUUCACUACUGAAGAAUACGACAAAUCGGAAACAACCACAAAUGCAAUCCGUAAAAAAGCAAAUUUCUGACGAUAGCUGGAAUUUUUCCCAUGAAAUUCGAAACACUCCGAAACCUCGUCCAAACCUCGGUAAAGGCCUAGAAGAAUUUCAUAAACAGAUAUUGACAUCUUUUAUCAGCCCUGAUUAUUUCUUUUCACCCGAGGAUUUAAACACAGCUCGAAGAAAUAAAUCGUUUUGUGAGGAUGAAUAUUCCGAUGACAAUAGACCGCCUGUUUUGUCGACCAGUAUGAUGGUGUUGGCAUUAAGACGAUUUUCAAAGAGUCAAGGAAAACGCGUUUUGAAGUUUCCACCAGAAUUGACCGCGUAUCAACGUAAAGUUCUACAUCAUCAAGCUGUAAACCAUGGUUUAAAGAGUUUAAGUUUUGGUGAAGGGGGUGGAAGAUUUUUGGUUGUUUUGAAAGGGGAUGUUGAGAUCUUUAAUUAA